CCGCGGGUCCUUAAAAAGUCUUAAAAGCAUUGAAUUUAUGAAUUUGGAAAUAAUACCUUAAAAAGACUUGAAAAAGUCUUGAAUUUUGAUACCUGGGUCUUAAAUUUGUGCAGUAUGUAACUUCUCCGUAUAUCGCAUUCUUUUAAAAAGUUUAAUUUGUCAACCACUAUUACUUUGAUUAAAUAACAGCCUAAAUAAAGAGUGGCGGAACCAAUAAUUGAGAACGAACGCUGCCCCGGGUCGGAAGACGUCACUUUGCUACAGCAUCAUAGCAGCACAGACCAGAGAUAGACAGACCAAGAUACAUUCUGUGGUUAUGGGGAAAUGCAAAUUUAAUGAAGCGUGGCGAGACAAACGAGCAUUUCACUGGGUAAAACCUGUGGAAAACAACGUAUUCGAAGCUUUUUGCACAGUAUGCAAAAAAAAAUCCAGCUUGGUACCAUGGGCGUGAAGGCUCUAGAGUCUCAUGCUAAAUCAGCCAAGCACAUCAGUUCCAUGAAGGUGAAGGAUCAAACUCCCUCCGUCGCCGGGGUGUUUCAGCCUGCUAAUGUUAGCCAGCUAGCUGAUAAUGUGUCUGAAGUAGCAGGUAACGUGAACCAGCCAGCUGCUAACGUUACUGCUACAGCCCUUCCAGCUACUAGCGCAACGCCCGUUAGUGUGGAUCUGCGCACAGCCUUUGGGUCCACACCAACAAUGAAAGCAGAGGUGUUGUGGACUCUCAACACAGUCGCCAAACAUCAGUCCUACAAUUCAAAUGAGAAAGUUUCCGAUCUUUUCAAAUUUAUGUUCCCGGAUUCAGACAUAGCUACCACUUUCACGUGUGGUCCCGACAAAACGGCGUGCAUAGCCAAAUUCGGUUUAGCGGUGUUCAUCAAAGAGGAACUGGUGUCCAAAGUCAACAAAUCGCCGUUCGUUCUGAUGUUCGAUGAGAGCCUCAACGAGACUACAAAAAAUAAACAGCUGGAUGUGCAUGUCCGCUUCUGGGACGAGGGACAGGUUCAGUCCAGAUAUUUGGGCUCCCGGUUUAUGGGACAUUCCACUGCACAAGACCUGCUGUCACAUCUCAAAGAAUGUAUGGACAAACUGAACCUCAAGGACUUGGUGUCCAUUUCAAUGGAUGGGCCCAGUGUUAACUGGAAACUGUUCGAACUUUUCCAGAAAGAUCAAGCUGAGCAGUACGGAGGUCUUCAGCUCAUUUGUGUGGGGAGCUGUGGCCUACACACGCUACACAAUGCUUUCAAGUGUGGGUUCACUGCAUGGCUGCUGGACAAGUUGCUGAGAGCAAUGCACACAUUGUUUAACAAUGUGCCUGCCAGGAGAGAGGAUUACGUCACCGUAACCAAGUCCAGUGUGUUCCCCCUUUCUUUCUGUGCCCAUCGUUGGGUAGAAAACCUUCCGGUUGUGGAGAGAGCCCUGGUAGUCUGGCCAUCACUUCUUCUGUACAUGGAAGCUGUGAAAACAAAAAAACUCCCUAACCCUGGAACAGGAUCUUAUGACACAGUUGCAGCAGCCAUAAAGGAUCCACUCAUUCUGGCCAAAUUUCACUUCUACGCAGCACUUGCCAGGACCUUCACGCCCUUCCUAACAAAAUAUCAAACAGACGAGCCGGUGCUCCCAUUCCUCUCCAAGGACCUGACCGAAUUGAUGAUAAGUCUACUCAGACGCUUCAUAAAGAGAGAAGUUCUCAACGAUAUCACUGCCCUGCAGCUGACCAAACUGGAUGUCACAGACAAGACCAUCUGGCUCAGCCCACAAAACAUCAGCAUUGGUCUAGGUGCAGAGUCAGUUCUUAAGGGGAUGUCAUACUGCAGCAGUUUGACAGUCUCCUGUCCUUGGAGAGCCGGAGUGAGGACUUCCUCUACUUUGCUCCCAUGCAGAAGAGGCUGGACAUCUUCCUGAGCAGUGCCAUGGAGCCUUAUCCAGAGCUGUGGGCCUUCUGCAAGAAGCUGCUCAUCCUCUCCCACGGCCAAGCUACUGUUGAACGUGGAUUCUCCAUCAAUAAAGAGGUGGUCAGAUAAUUUUUCAUGAGGACACUGUGGUCACACGGAGGCUGGUGUGUGACUACAUUAUACAACAUGGAGGUGUUACCAAGGUUCCACUCAGUAAACCACUACUGACAAGUGUAGCAAGAGCAAGGACAAGGUAUCGUAUCCACCUUGAGAACGAAAGAAAGAAGAGGGAGGCAAAAGACCAGGCUCUCAAGAGGAAGGAGGCAGAGGACUGUCUGCAGGAGCUGAAGGUGAAGAGGAUACGCGUAAAGGAGGUAUCUGAGGGUCUGGCUAGGGAUGCGGACAGGCUGGCUGAGCAGGCUGAAGCAAAGGCAGGGAGCAAAAUGGCUGACCUGAUCUCCAGGUCCAACCUCCUGCGGAGAGGCCAUAAGGAGAAGUUGGCAGAACUGGCUCUCCUUGAUAAAGAGAUCGCUGCUAAAAGUGAAGAGCUUAGGAGUUGACUUUGAUCUUUAUUUUAUUUAUUGUUGAGUUGAUUUUCUUUGUUUGUUGUUCUGGAGUCUCUCUACUCCCCAUAUUCCCAGCAUGGAAUAAGCUAGCUAAUAAAUAGAUUUGUCACACCUC